CAAAUAAUUCGCUUCCGGAAAGCGUCGGGCUUUGUUGCCUGCAAGAACUUACAGAAAAAGCAUUUUCUAGCUCUCUGCAAUAUUGUUAAAAUUAGAAAUAGUUGAAACAACAUUAAGAUGGAAGAAAAGAAGCGAUCACCAACAGAGGAAGAUAACGAUGAAGAGGGAAGACGCUCUAGUCGGAGGAAGAAAGCAAAGGUUGAAUACAAGGAAUCAGAAGAGCAAGUUACCACUGUCUCAGAUGGAGAAAUGGAAUCAGAUGAGGAGAAGAAAGAGAAAGACAAAGACACAAAAGUUCAGGAGGAAAAGAAACCUCCACCGCAACAACAGCCAGCUCCUGCCCCUACAAAGACUGACCCCGAGCCAGAGCCAGAAAACGACAGCGAAAAUGAUGACCCCACAGGUUUAGAAGGAGCAGCAUUUCAAAGCAGAGUUCCAUUUGACAAAAUGACAUCACAGGAAGCAGCCUGUUUUCCAGAUAUUUUACAAGGGCCACCCCAGUCCCAAAAAGUCUUUUUACAUCUUAGGAAUAGAAUUCUUCAAUUAUGGCUUGAAAAUCCUAAACAGCAGUUGACAUUUGAGGUAGCUCUUCCACAGAUUGAGGCCCCAUAUAACAGUGAUGGACCGCUGGUAAUGAGAGUACACACGUACCUAGAGAGAUUCGGCUAUAUCAACUUUGGAGUAUUCAAGAGAAUAAAACCAUUACCAGUUAAAAAACAUGGUAAAGUGAUAAUUAUUGGGGCUGGGAUAGCAGGGCUGACUGCAGCCAGACAGCUGAUGGCUUUUGGAAUGGAUGUCACAAUACUUGAAGCCCGUGACCGUGUUGGAGGUAGAGUAGCCACCUUCAGGAAGAAUAACUAUGUGGCAGACCUUGGGGCCAUGGUGGUUACUGGACUUGGUGGAAAUCCAAUGACCAUACUGAGCAGACAGAUUAACAUGGAGCUACAUAAAAUUAAACAGAAAUGUCCCUUAUAUGAGACCAGUGGGAGCACAGUCCCAAAAGAUAAAGAUGAGAUGGUAGAAAGGGAAUUCAACAGAUUACUAGAGGCCACAUCUUACCUCUCUCAUCAGAUGGACUUUAACUUUGUCAACAAUAAACCUGCCUCAUUAGGACAAGCCCUGGAGGCAGUCAUCAAAAUGCAGGAGAAACAUGUUAAAGAGAAGCAGUGUGAGCAUCAGAAGCAUAUUUUAGAGCUACAGGAAAAACUGAAAAAGAACCAGACCUCAAUGUUGUCCCUGAAAGACAAGGUAGAAGAACUACACAAACAAUGGAAGGAAGCCUCAGAGGUCAAACCACCAAGGGACAUAACUGCCGAGUUCUUGGUCAAGAGCAAACUUAGAGAUCUCAAUGCUGCCUGUAAAGAGUAUGAACAGCUACAUACACAGCAGAAAGAAAUUGAGGAUAAACUCCACGAGAUGGAGACUUCAUCACCAAGAUUUGGUUGCAGUGAUGUUUACCUGUCAUCGCGUGACAGACAGAUCCUGGACUGGCACUUUGCCAACCUUGAGUUUGCCAAUGCCACACCCCUUUCUCUCCUGUCACUCAAACACUGGGACCAGGAUGACGACUUUGAAUUUUCUGGAAGUCACUUAACAGUACGAAAUGGCUACUCUUGUGUCCCAGUGGCCUUAGCAGAGGGUCUGGACAUCAAGCUCAACACCGCGGUCAGGAAGUGUAAUCACACAGCCACGGGGGUGGAGCUAGUGGUCAGUAACGCUAAAAAUAACUCCAACCAGCAGACCCUGAAGGCGGACGCCGUCCUGUGUACCUUACCCCUGGGGGUGCUGAAAGAGUGCAUCAAGGGGAAUGGCCUUAAUUGUGUUCAGUUCAAUCCACCGUUACCGGAGUGGAAGUCCUCAGCCAUACAGAGGAUGGGAUUUGGAAACCUCAAUAAAGUAGUGCUGUGCUUUGACAGAGUAUUCUGGGACCCUAAUGCUAACCUAUUUGGUCAUGUGGGUAGCACUACAGCCAGUAGGGGGGAACUGUUUCUUUUCUGGAAUCUGUACAAGGCCCCAGUUCUGCUGGCCCUGGUUGCCGGGGAAGCGGCGGCCAUUAUGGAGAAUGUUAGUGAUGAUGUCAUAGUGGGGCGGUCUCUGGUGGUUCUCAAGGGUAUUUUUGGAAACAAUGCAGUUCCUCAGCCCAAAGAGACCCUGGUUACCCGCUGGAGGGCAGACCCCUGGGCUCGUGGAUCUUACUCUUUUGUGGCAGCCGGAUCCUCAGGCAAUGACUACGACUUGAUGGCCACCCCUGUUUCCAAUUCCUCUGGCAGUUUACCUCGCCUCUUCUUCGCCGGGGAGCACACCAUCAGGAACUACCCAGCCACUGUUCACGGGGCCCUGCUCAGUGGCCUCCGAGAGGCGGGACGUAUAGCGGACCAAUUCCUGGGGGCCCCUUAUGCUCUACCGACACACAAAAACGAAGGAGUGAAGACGUAAUAUCAAAGAACACUUGUCAUUCAAAAUCAUUUUUAAUUCUAUUACUGAGACAUACCAUAUGCACUUGGCUGGCAUAAUUACUCGUGAAUGUAGAGGCAGUUUUUUUUCAACAUUAUCCACCUAGCAAUUCCUCAGCAUCUAGAGGAGCCAAGAUGAUUGGCAAAAAAUGGCAGCAACAAUUACAGUUUGCAUUCAUAAGAUAUGGCAUUAAAUGAUCAGCUUUACAUGUUGAUUUUUUACUAGUAAUUACUAGUAUGUGAAUGGAUUUCCAUAAUCUUCCUUAUACACUUAAAAAAUGACAUGGGUAAAGUUUCAUUUCUGUAGUAUCACAGUGUGUUUAUUUGUUUCAUUUUGCUUAUUUUCUUCUAUGCACACUACACUGUAAAAGUGAGCAUUUUAUGAUCCAAUAAAAAUGCAAAAAUGUA